AUGCUGAGCAAAAGGGCUAAGGGGCAGGAUGAUGUCGAGUUCAAGGCGCUCUUCGACGGCACCAUUUGCGACAUUGAGGCCAUGAAGGCCGCGGGCUACACCUCUAUCCUGCACGUCGCUGCUGCACCUCUGGAGAUUUUAGUGGACACAGAAAAGUUGAAACGACAGGAUGCCCAUAUCAUUAAGCAGCGUGCUGAAGCAUGGCAGAGGGAGAAGGAGCGACAGGCAACAUCUGCAGGCUCGCCUGCACGUUCCCAGACCAGAUAUGAGGUCACCAUUGUUGGACCUCCUAACAAAAAGCAUGUCUGGAUGGUGCACCGCCGACCAACUUUGGCAGAAAUGGAGAGGGAACUGGCCAUAAAUUAUCAAGACACGAUUGCGGCUGACUACACCCUGACUUGGAAGAUCUCCAACGAUGUGCUGGAGGAGAACUUUGAGAGCAUUGACGUGGACGAGGGCGAGUUCAACAUCAUGCAGGUGGCUGAGAAUACAAUAGUGGACGGUCGGUGUAAGUUUGGUGAACUCCUGGAUCACUUUGCGGAGGAUCUGUGCUUGAGGCGGUCAGCUCUUGGGUGUCCAGAAGUUAGAACGAGUGAGCAGAGCAGGCGGGAACUGAUCUCCCCGGCGUUGGUCCUCGCAGUGCUGAUUCUGGGAGGCAUGCAAGUGGUCGCAGAUAAACGCGUGCUUGGCUCUAUUGGGAAUGGACCCCUAGAUUACGCGGUCAUCUGGAAUAACUUCAAGGUCCUCAUCACCGAGUGCAAAAAGGAACAGCUAUCGACUGCAGAGGGCCAGGCUCUGGCGCAGACAGCUGCCGCCCGAGAGGAGUAUGUGCGAGAGAAUGUGACGGGUGUGAAGCGCAGGCGCAGUGACAUUGACGAUGUCCUCCCGGUUCCAAGCACUACCAUCAUCAGCAGCGGUACCUCCUACAUCUUCUACCGCUACUUCCCCAAAAGAGAUGGAGAGGAGCGCCGUCUGGUGAAGUCCAAGGUCUUCAACAUGGACCUGCUUGACAAAGCAACCCCAGAGGCCAUCAAGCCGCAGCUGAAGAGGCUCGUCGGCGCACUUGCUGGUGCCUUAGAAUUCCAGAAAGAUCAGCUUGAGGGUGCUGUGCAGAGCCAGAAGUUGAAGCUUCUGCAUGGAAAGAAGCUCUGUUGUUGA